AUAUUUGGCAUUUUCUACAACCUGCUGCUGAGUGCUCUUGCAUGGUCACUUGGUGCCUGUUGGUGUGGCAUGUGCCAGGGCUUAAAGUUGGGAGUGUCAUGUACCCAGUCCCUCAAAAUGUAUCGCCUGUGCAAUGGAUUCUGGCCCAGGUGGCGGCCAAGUGUGGUGUCUCUGAAGGGCGACAGCUCACCGACAGUCUAUUACACCUCAUUAACUUAGACACUAACAUCACAAACGUUGCCUCUGCUCCAUCAGAUUCAUCAGUCCCUCUAUCUCAUAACUUUCCCUAUCAGUACCAUCCUCAUCAACUGCAGGGAAGCCUGCAAGGAACUUCUAGUGAAAAUCAGUUUGCUGGAUUUCUUGCCUCCAUAAACCAAAGCAACGGUCACAGUACAAAUAGUAGUCAUCUAUACACCAUAAGUGGCAGCAGUCUAAGUGGUGGUGGCAGUCAUUGUGGUAACUCUGGUGUAAAUAGUGUUGGUGGAGCUAGUGUUUCUGGUGUUGGUGGUGGUGGUGGACACAUCUCAAGUCAACAAGGCGAAGACAGCACACCUCAUAGCCUUCCGACUUGCAAUCAAUUGGACCUAGUGAACCCCAUAGAAAGUGGUUUGUUUUUGCCACCCUCAGGUAAUACUGCAGACAACCUCUUGAGUGGGUCUUGUUGGCUUGGUGGGCCUCAUAUCAGGAUGGUGUUACCUGUAUGUGGCCAAGAGAUAGUAACAGUAACAAAGACAAGUAGCAGCCAUAGCACCUCUUCAAAGAAUUCUAACAACAACAACAAUAGUAACAGCAAGAACGUUAGUAGCGGCAAUAACAACCAUAACAACAAAAAGCAUAAGAACCACUAUAACAACAAGACUGAGCAGGGUGAUCACAACAAUCAGUAUAGUGUCCGUGGCAGUAAGCAAGAAAGUUUAGGCCAUGACUCUCGUGGUACAGCACAGGACAAGGAGAAGCAUGAUAGCGAGCGGCUCUCACACCCAAAGGUACCUGUGGCCAGUAAAGCAGUUGAUGCAAAGGAGGUGGAGAAACUCCUGCAGGAUGCCCUCUGGAAGGGCAGUCAGCAGCAGAAGAAAAGCGAUAAUAGGUCGGAGUGUGCCAGCAGCAGUGGAGGCAGCGACACAGGCUACUCGUCACGCUGUUCCACUCCCCCUGGGCCUCAAAGCCUGUCUCUUGACCACACACUAGAUGCUGCGGAGCCCAAGCUCACCACUAAACGGCAUCUGGAUGUUCCUGGCAGAAGAGGCAACAACAGCCGGGAUUCACGAAGUGAAUCCCCAAGCACUUCCAGCGUCAGUUCUCAGGGAUCAUACCACAACCCACGCCAGAAGAGGAGAUACAGUAGCAAUGCUGAUGGCCAGAACACACAACCUCAUCACCAGCAGCAUCAUCGUUAUCACCAGAACCAUCGUCCACAUCUCAAUCAACAUCAUCCUUCACAUCAUCAGUAUCAUUAUCAGCAACAAAUCUCCGGCCAGCAGGGUGGUGUUGUAGGUGGAAGGGGGAACCAUCUGUACUACAACUCUUUUCCAGAUGUAGCUAACAGAGACUGCACCAACUAUCAUAACCGAAGAUACGAGCGAGGUUAUAAUAAUUAUGGUUAUAACGGGCACUAUGAUUAUUAUCCUUCACAUCAUCAUUACAAUAAUAGUGAUGGAAGAUAUAAUCAUGGGUACAAUAACAGGUAUCAUAAUAACCACAGAAACCACUACAACAACCACUGCCCUCCACAUAACACUAAAAAUAAUAGGGACCAAGGCAAACUGCCAGUGAGUGAACGUGCUGGGACUUUCAGCAGUGAGCGAAUAAAUACAAACUUCCAGUGGAAGAGUGAAGUGGUGGGAACUCCUAGUGAUCUGUUAAAUGGGUCAGAGUGGGACAACCUUUCACAACAAGUUUGGGACACGUUCCAGUGCCACCAGCAGACGGACAAAACCUUUGUUAAGAAGAUGAAACUGAAGGAUAAAAUUUUCAAAGUGAUUAGGAAUGUCCUGCCCAUGUGUCGCUUGUUUGUGGUGGGAUCCUCUCUGAGUGGCUUUGGUGCUGACAGUAGUGAUGUAGACAUGUGUCUCAUGGUGACGCCUGGGGACCUCGACCAGCGCAGGGAGGCCACAGCUGUCCUCCGCCUGCUACAGAGAGAACUGAACAAUUGUGGUUUCAUUCAGAAGAUGGAACUGAUCCGAGCUAAAGUUCCCAUCCUCAAGUUCAGAGACUCUGACUCAGAAAUUGAUGUAGAUCUCAACUGCAAUAAUGCUGUGGGGAUCCGCAAUACUCACCUUCUGAACUCCUAUUCUCAACUGGAUUGGCGAGUUCGUCCCCUGGUGCUGGUAGUGAAGCUCUGGGCACACUACCAUGAUAUAAACAAUGCCAAGGACAUGACCAUUUCCUCAUAUUCUUUAGUCCUUAUGGUCAUACAUUACCUGCAGCAUGGAACAGAGCCACCUUUAUUGCCAUGCCUUCAAAGGGCCUUUGGCGAAAAAUUCCGGCCCAAUGCUCACAUCCUCAGCAUCCCAGUCACUGAAAAGAUGCCCACUUUCACAUCUAACAACCAUGACAGCUUAGGAAAACUUUUCCAUGGGUUCCUGGAUUAUUUUGCGAAUACUUUCACAUUUAUAGAGGACACAAUCUCAGUAAGGACUGGAGGAACCAUGCCAACGAGCCAGUGCCGUUCUGUCAGGUCUCGCAAGAACGAUUGGCGCAUGUGGAAAUAUCUGUGCAUUGAAGAACCUUUUGAUCUGACCAACACAGCAAGAUCUGUUUAUGAUGAGGAAGUAUUUGAAAGAGUGAAAAAGGUGUUUGGUGAUUCUUUCAAACUUUUGGCUGAAUCAAAGGAUCUGUCAACCAUCAUACCGUUUGUCAAGUCAGUCACCCCAAGUUGAGUGAUGAGGCUGUAAAACUAUACAUGUGAUGGCUUUCAUGAGAGGUUCUUCAGGUGAUAUUAGUUGUGGGUAAUGCAAGCAUCAUCUAUAUCGAUAACAAAGGAUUUUUUUUAUAUUCAUAUAUACUUCCAAGAUGCUGCCGAGAGGUUGUAAAGGAAUAUGCAUUUUUUUUCCUUGAGAAUUAUGUACUAGUAUUAUUAGAUAUAUUCUGCUUAUCCAAUGUAUUAUAGAAAUAUCAAAUUUAUUGGAGCAUAAUCCACCAUCUAAGAAAAGGUUAUGAGGUAAUAUAAACUGAGUUGUGAUAAAGGGAUGGGUUGUAUAUAGGAAUAUUUUGAGUUGUAAUUUUGAUGCAGUGAUAUAUUAACCCUGUCCAAUAAUAUUCUCUACAAGAAAUGGCAAAAACAUAAAAAGCUGUCCAAUGUGUAACCUAAUUUAACAAUACAUGAGCAAGAAGAAAAAUAUUAUGAUGAGUAGAAAUGUAUACAUAUAUUACUCUGUAUUUCUGCUGCACUUAUAAUGCCAGUGAAACAGGAGAGAUGCAUAUGUUACAGAUGAGGCUCAAUUACUUAUAAGUUGAACAGUAAAUCCUCCUCCUCCCCCCUGACAAGUAUUUUAUUAUUAUUAUUUUGUUUUAAGAUUUUUUUUUUAUGGAAUUCAGAUCAAAGCCACAGUAACUGUGACAUAGUUUAAUUAGCCUCUGUUGAUUAUAUUUUUAUGGAUCGCUGACAAUUAGAUAUGAUGUUAAUUUGUUCAUUUAUUUUGUUAUUAGCUUUUAUAUUGGGCAUACCAGAAUAUUUCUCUGAAGUGCCCAAUGACGGGUCUUUAAGGGUGUUGCUAAAUUAUGUUAGGUUGCAUUUAAAAAAGAAUGGGAAAGAAAGAACAUGUAUUAGCAUUUGAAAAUUGUGGAAAAAGGUUUGGUUAUUUCCGCAGUAUUAUCAAUUAUUUUUAUUUAAUCAUUGAUUUUAAACUUUUUUUUUCUCUCUCUCUUUUUUUUCUUUUUGAAUGAGUCAGUGUUUGUCACUAGAAACUGGCAGCAUCAACAUUAAUAUAAGCUUAUGAAAUUUGUCUCCACUUUGUUGGACUCUGAUAUUGGUAAAUGUCACAUGACCUUCGUGUUCUUUUUGGUUACUAGAUGUUAUUUUUGACAGACCUGCUUCAUAGUAUUAAGUAAAGUAAGGAAUUUCUUGCUUUAUAAUCCAUGAGCCCAAAUCACUUCUUUUUCAAAAUUAAAAGUUACUUAGUUGCAAAGAAAUAGACAUAAAUAUAUUUACUGGAUAUUCAGCCAUUAGAUCUCGAGAGUUAGGAAGGAUAUGUAAAUACAAGCACAAAAAUCUAGGCAUAAGAACUUUAUGCUUUGAGGUAUUAUAAGCAGACAGACACUGACCAAAACUGUCUUUUUCUUUCUUUUUCAGUAUUUGAAUUUUUUAGAUGUUUGACUGAAAUUUUGACCCUAAAAUUAUUACAGAAAGAUAAUGUUGCGGAUAUUCAUAUGUGUACUUGCAGAUUUAUAUAUAUAUAUUUUUUGUAGAAAAGUACAUAUAAUUUGUCUAUCCCUUCCCCCCCUACUUUUUUCUUUUCUUUUUUUUUUUUUUUUUUUUUUUUUUUUUUUUUUUUUUUUUUUUUUUUUUUUUUUCUCUGCUCAUCCCCUUUUUGAUUAGGGGUCUACUCUUCUUUUUUUUCUGUCACUUUAUUUCUAAAAUUAAAAGUAUCUGAUUUAGAUGUAUAUCUGUGUAUGGGAGUAACAAAACAGAAGACGAGGAUUAGACGAAAUGGGCUCCCUUUCACCUGCCUUCAUAGCCUCAGCACUGUUGUUCUUCCCAGUGACAGAGUUGCACAGGGACCCUGCUUGGAGUGGGGUCGUAUUUUGUUGCAUUUCAAAAAUCACUGGUGGAAGGGAAAGAUUUUUGUCUUUUCUUUUUAUGAUGUGCAUAUAUUUAACAUCUUUGUUAAUAAGGGAUAAAGAAUAUUAGAGUAAGUGAAUACACAUAUUUAGAUAAUAUUAGAGCAUAUGGAAAUAAAUGAAUAUAUAUAUAUAACUUUAAAAUAUACCAUUUUCAGUUAUCUUGCCUGUGUGAUUGUCAUAUGAAUUACAUAGAUGAUCACAAGGGGUUACUGAAGGUAAAUAUGAGGUUUAUUAUAUUAGUCAUAAUAUUAAAAGAAAAUACUGCUUUUGAUGCUGUAUUUAAAAGAAAAAAAAUGAGAUAAAGUGCAAAAUUCCUUUGCGGGUAUUAAAAAAAAAGAGAUAUUAAUCCAGUAGUAUAACUAACAUGGCUGUGGUACUGGACUGUACUUAUUUAUUUCAUAUUGUAGGCAAUAUUUGUGUGAUAUGCUGCUCUGUGUUGUUGACAAUCCUGAUAUGUGAUGUGCCUGUUCCUUUUAAUGGCAUUUAAUGGCAGCCUGAUGUGUCGUUAUAUAUUUUUUAUUAUUAUGAUUGUUUUUAUUUAUUUAUUUUUACAUAAUGUAUGAGAUGGAAUCUUUUGUCUUUAUAUGAGAAUGGUGUUUACUUGAUAAUGCCUCUGUAGAUAGUAUAAGUUGGAUGAGGUUGGGCGGUCACUUCAGGCUGUUAUUGACAAAUUUAUAUUUUACACUUUCUAAGUUCGUUAGAUUUUUAUUUCUGUUUAUUUUCCAUCAAGAAUAUUUGUUUAUGACCAUGUAUCUUGGCAAGUAAGGUGUCAUUAUUUGUUUUUUGAAUUAGCAAAUUGUAUGCUCUGCUUGUCCUUUUUUCUUCUUCUUUUGCUUUUCUCUUUUUGUAUCAGGUUAAAGACAGUAAGGAGUAGGUGUGCACCAUGUUUGCAUUCCAUUGUUGCUACUUCAGGUGUAAACACUGUCAUGCCUCACAUAUAUACCUCAGGAUAAGUGGCCAGCAUUGGAUAAGAGGAGGUUCUCAGAGUCCUGGAUAGAAGUAUGGACAAGAUACCUACAUUGUGAGCUGCUCACUUUGUUCUGAAAUGAUGAUGGUGAUGUUUCAGUUUUAUGUUUUCAUUGUUGGGGGGAGAUGAAAAAGAUCACUUUAUAUUGGGAUAUCAAAUUUAUCAAAAGGAAACUGUGUCACAUGUUUACAUUAAAUACUUGAGAUGUAUAAAGAUAAAGAAUUGUGUGAAGUGCUCGACAGUAUCACACUGAAAAACUUGUCCUUACUAAAAUAUUUAUUUUUACUGCCAAGGCUGGCUUGGGAAAUUGAAGGUAUUUGGUAAGGAGAAAAGAGAAGGAUACAGAUAUAGGAUCCAUUCUGAGAAAGAGACUAAGCCUGGGCGAAAUUAAUUUAAAGAUGUUUUGAAACUAUUGCGAGUAUUUUAGGCAAAAAAGAAAAAAGAAAAAAAGAAAAAAGUAAUAACCAAUAAAGUUUAAUCAGUUUGCUAAAAAGAAAA